AUGGUUGAGAAGGAGGAAUGGGAUGACCGGCUUUAUACAAACACAGAAAUAACAGAAGGUAAGCCGUGGGAAGCAACCAAUACUAGGGUCGUUAUGGUGGAGAAGGAUGAUCCAAACAUGUAUCGGCAGACGCAAGCUGCGUUCAAAGAGAAGUUCCCCAUAUUGUCCGAAAUCAGAGACAAUUUUGAGAUAGUGACGGUCUCAGUAAACAGGUCCUCGAAGAAGAAGGAAAGAAAGGAUAGGGUGGUGAAAGUCAUAUAUGACAAUAAUGACGACCAAAACAUAUGGGAGAGUCUGGUGAAGCUCAAGGAAGAGCUAGCGGAGGAAAACAGCCUGACCAUCAACAAAAUGAAAGGAAUGUCAAUCGAAAGACAGAGGAAAAUGCUGGAGGUAAUAUUCUUCAGUUCGAUAACAAAAAUAAGCAUUGUUAAUGAAAAUAUUAGCGAAAAAACUGAUAGAGACAAAAAACGAAGCAAAGAGAAAAUGACCUAUGCAAUUGUAGUAGAGACGGCAAAUAAUGGGUACAAGGAGACACUAAAAAAUGUUAAAAAACAGUUUGAAAAUAACCCGGCAAAACAAGCCAUCAGAACCAUUAGAAGUUCUAGGGAUGGAAAAAUGGUAAUAACCUUAGACAAAGACGAUGAAAAGAUGAAAAGUCUCAAAGAAGCGCUCAAUACGGCACCUGAAAAAAUAGGAGCCACAUGUCGUUGGGCUGAAUCCCAGAAACAAAUUAUACUCCAUGUAAGGGGCAUGGACGAGCUGACUACGGAGGAAGAAGUUAGAACCGCAAUAUACGAAAGAACCGGCGGAGAAGGACAUCAUUUCAUGAAGAUAAGUAGCCUCAGACCAGAUAGAAAUAAUACACAAGCCAUCACGGUUGCUACGAGUGAAGAUGUUGCGAGAGAUCUCAUGAAAGAACCCCUCAAAAUAGGCCUUACAAAAUGUCAAGUCGAACAAAGAAUUGACUUGGAAAAAUGUUUUAAAUGUUGGGAGGUUGGACACACAGCAAAUAGGUGCAAAGGCAUAGACAGGGCACAGAUGUGCCACAAAUGCGGAAAGCUGGGUCACAAAAGCAAGGAAUGCCCUAACGAGGAAGAAUGUCCCAUCUGUAAUGCGGUGGGCCACAGGGCCGCCACAAGUAAAUGCCCGCAAUAUAAAAGAGCUCUCGGGAGAGCCAGGAGAGAAGCAGGAAAUGCAAACAGCCUUCGCUUGUGA